UAUCUCUGUAAACAGCCACAAACAUUCAGUGAUCAGCCUGACAGAGGAUGUGAUAGUGUAUUCUGCUCUGUGACACUCAGAGGGAAUCAGGUACCAUCUAUAUACUGGAAUACGCUAGAAGAACCAUGUCCGCACCUCGAUCAGAACUUGGAGGCUUUGUCACUAUAGCUCAAGAUGAGCCACAAAAUAAUGCACCUCCGAAGACUCGAAAAAAUAGUGCUCCAACCACAACAUCCAAACGUCUGGUAAAAUUUUUCCAAGGAGAACCUGAAUCUCUUGGGGUGACCCAGAUAAUUAUAGGAGUAACUCAGAUUGUACUUGGCAUUGUACUGACUGCCAUAUGCCACGUGGGACGGUGUAUUUUCUUCAGUAUUUUUAUUUUUACUGGUGUGACUUAUUGGUCUGGCAUAAUGUAUAUCAUUUCGGGAUCUCUAUCAGUUGCUGCUUCUUACAAACCAACUGUAGGAAAGGUGAACUCAAGCUUGGUUCUAAACAUAAUCAGCUCCGUAGCAGCAGCUAUAGCGGUGAUAAUAUUCUGUAUAUUUUUCUCACACACAUCAAUGUCUUUUUUUUACCGGUCCUCUGACACUGUGCACUGUGCGUAUUACCAGCCAAGCCAAGACUGUGAUGGCAAUUUCCGGCCUCUGCCUCUGCUCCUAGGCAUCGUAUCGCUUCAAUUUAUUCUUACUGUACUGGAGUUCUGCGUCACCUUGUCUACAUCUAUUUUUGGAUGCAAAGCUGUGUGUGGGACGUCUAACAAUGAAGUGAAUGUGGUUAUCUAUCAAACCACGUCUUUGAGUGCUCCCAACACAACGGCUGCUUCUACUGAUGGGGACAUAAAGAUACAGGGAUAAAGGACAGGCCGUGGGAUUGUGAUACAAGCACAACAGAGGACUACCCAAACUGCAUAGGAGACAUCACUAACUUAAUCAUAUAUAUUUUAGAGGAUUCAUUUUUCUAUUGGAAGAGUUCAGUUAUCUUUACUUCCGGUCAAGCUUGUCUAAUAGCAUACAAGAAUAGGGCGGAUUAACAAUGGGGUAGAUGGAGCUCCAGCCCCAGUCCCACAUGUAAAAAUAAGACCAUCGUCAUGGCUGCAUAAUGAUGAUCAGCCGCCCAGUUGGUCACACGGUCAGCCAUAAAUUACAUGAUUUAAAGUUAUUUUUCUAGUUUUCUCACAAAAUGUUUCUAUUCUAAUGUAUUUAGGGAGACAUUGGGGCUGAUUGUGUAGGUGUUGUACACGCCUACAUAGCUCUGGCCACACCCAUGCAGCACCGGUAACGGUUUAGGCCCUUGAACAUUUUCAGAUCCAGGCCCAUGUGGCCCUUAAUCCGGCCCUGUACAAAAUGGAUGGAAAACAACAAGUUAUUGUAUUAUUAUUGGUUCUGAUGAAAUACUGUGUAAGAUGUACAAUGUUUUUUCCUGUACUACAUUUUGUUUCACAUUAUUUUGUUAAAUUUAUGUAAACAUAAGAUUAUUGUCAACAGAUAACAGUGACAGUGCUAUAGUUAUUAUAAGAUGCAUGGAGAUUGGAGAAAGAGUAAUACAAAUCAUGUAUUUUUAUUCUAGUAAAAUAAAGAUGAAUUUAACACUUUCA